AUGGUGUUAUUAAGGCUAAGUGUCGUUACUGUAAAAAACGACUUGGUGGUGAUACUAGUAAUGGAACCUCUCAUCUGA